AUGUUUAUCUCGCUUGGAGAGAAGUUCGUGAGCCGUAGCACGGCCUCGGCUCCUCCGGCACGCUACUCCGGUCGAGCCUCCUCGCGAUCUUCAAGUAUCUCUAGCAUCGACUGGAGAUGGGCUCUGGACGAUCGCGAGCUAGAGGCUGCCCGAGAACGAGUCGGCUCUGCGCGAACCGAGCGCGAACGUGCUGCUGCCACGCUUCUUGACGAAGCGGAUGAUCCACGAGACGUCGAACGGCCUUGUGACCUCGGUAAAGUAGACGACUGGAGAGACGACGUUGCUAGUGUUGGGGUCCAGGACGUUGCGGGCGACUGGCGAGAUGGCAUUGUUCCGAUGUUGGUGAAGGGAGUGGAUUACUGA